AUGAAUGAAUGGGUGGGUAUUGAAAAUCAUAUCACAUGGCUACAUACAGCAGUGAUGUUAUUGUUAUAUAAAUGUGAACAUAUAAUAACAUUUCAUAUAGAGGAGCUCUCGUGUGGUACCGAUCAAUCCGGAAAUACCUAUGAGUUCUGGUCGUCCUGUAAGCCAAGUGGUUUCAAAUAUACACCACUUCCAAAUGCUACCUGUGAAUCUUUGGGUUGCGAGAGAUAUGGACAGACUUGUGAGUGGGUAAACUCGUCGCCAUGCUAUGGAACUGCCUGUUGUCCAAGAGUACCACGUUGUUCUGGUGGUGCAACAUCAUCGAGUGGAUCGUCAUCCGGUUCCUCAGGAACCACUGCCGGUGCUUGUAACAACUAUAAUUGCCCACAAGGUAAAUUCUGUAUUCUACAAAAUGGUCAACCGGUUUGUAUCGACGGAUCGUCUGGUCAGAGCAGCGGAACUACUGGCGGUGAUCCAUGCAGAUUCGUACAGUGUCCAGAAGGAUAUCAUUGUAUCAAUAAUAAUGGAAACGGUGCAUGUGCUCCAAACGGUGGUACUUCCGGAGGUAUUGGUCUAUGCGCUAAUGUUGACUGUCCAAACGGACAACACUGUGUCCUCGAGAAUGGACGUCCACAAUGUAUUUUCACCAACACUGGAUCCGCUACUUCAGGUGGUAUCGGUCUUUGCGCCAAUGUUGAUUGUCCAAACGGUCAACACUGUGUCCUCGAGAAUGGACGUCCACAAUGUAUAUUCACCAACACUGGUUCCGCUACCUCAGGUGGAAACAUCUGCGGUUUGGUCGAAUGUUCCCACGGCCAAGUCUGUGUCACUCACGAAGGUAGACCAAAGUGUAUCUAUCUCCCAGAUGCCGCUUGUAAACUCCACAAAUGUCCAAGGGGUCAUCACUGUGUCGUUGGUAAGGGUGGUUUUCCAAAGUGUGUUGCAAGCACAUGCGACUCCAAAAAAUGCAAACCUGGUCAAAAGUGUAUUCUCAACAACGGUAUUCCAACUUGCAUUGAGAUUUCUCCACCCAUUACCUCUGGUGGCGGUCUUUGUGCUCUCAUCCACUGUGCCCCAGACAAGAUCUGCAAGGAGAUCGGUGGUGUUCCAAUUUGCGUUCCAAAGCCAGAUCCAUGCCAUGAUGUCAUAUGCUCUGGUGGAAAGAUCUGUAUCAAUGUCAAGGGUCAACCAGCUUGUGUCCAACCAACAUGUCACAACUUUGCCUGUCCACCAAACUACCGUUGCUUCAUGGAUGACGGUCAUCCAAAUUGUGUUCCAUUCGGUGGUGGAACUUCUGGUGGUCCCGUAGAUUGUGAGUCGAUCUACGACUCAGCCAUGUGUAUUUCCAACCGUCACUGUGCUCUCCAAGCCAUCAAAUCGUGUUGUGGAAACAUCAUGGAGGUCUGUGUCAAUCGUCCAGAAGUUGGAUGUCAACCAGACUUUAGCAAUCAGUGCGCCAUCAAUCCAAAGGAUAACCAGAUCUACCAUUUGGACAACACUUGCAAGCCAACCAAGGGAUUAAUUCCAUACACUCCACCCGCCAGCAACCAAACUUGUGAAUCACUCGAUUGCGGUGCUCGUGGAAUGGCCUGUAUCACCGUCAAGUCCUCGACCUGUGUCAACGAACCAUGUUGUCCAGCCGUUGCAAUUUGCACACCAUAUCACAUCUCGGCCGGUUCGACCAUCGCAACCACCACCGCUUCAACUGCAUCGACCACUGCCUCUACCAUUGCAAUGCUCGUAACCACCACCGCAACUACCACUGCCUCAACCACCUCGAUGACCACAGCAAGACCAACCACCCAUCAAUCGUCCACAUUCGGUCCAGUCACCACCAGUACUCAUCUUCCAGAUGCCUGUUUCGGAGUCCAUUGUCCAGAAGACGAAGUUUGUUGCCAACCAGAUCCAUCACUCGCACCAAGAUGCGUAGGAAAAUGUGAUUUGGUCACUUGUGAACAAGGUUCCAAGUGUAUCUUGAACAAUGGAAUUCCAACAUGUGUAAUUCCAAUCGGAUUGAAUAUUUGUGUUAGAAUUUCACUAGCCACUACAAGCAUUCUAAUGUUACCAUUAGAUGUUGCAAAUAAAGGUGGUACUGGAGGAUUCCCCAUGGAUACAAUGUGGUUAGCGAUUUAUAUAAUUAUUGCUGUAUUUGCAAUUGUAAUAGUUCCAUUUGCAAUAUUUUUCUACGAAUCUGAUGAAGCAGAUGGCCAUGCAGUUCUUGAAGCAGGUCCUCCACCCAAUUCAACAACCGAUCUAAAUAAUACUCAACUGAAAUCUUGGUGGUCAUUUUUAUUGUGUACCUCUCCAAAUUCUUUCAACUUGACAUUAACACAACAAAAACUGGUCAAUGUACAAAUACCUACUUUUGUCGAGGCUUGGGUCCAAAGUGCCUCUCAAAACAAGAACAAUACAUUGACACCAACUACUCUUUAUAGUUACUCAGGAUAUACAAGUGAUGAAUAUAGGAAUGAUACUGAAUUUAUUACUUUUAGAGUAUCAAUAGCUCUGUUUGUAAUUACUAUGGUUUCAUUUGGAGGUUGGUUUUUGUUUGUUCUUUUUGGUGGAAUAGGUGUAGCUGCAUUACCAAUGGAUAUGAUAACAGAUUUCAGAUUCCGUCCUCAGAGAAUUUCGUAUGAUGUAUAUCUGAAACAAAAACAAAAGAUAGGAGAAAAGGCAACGGAAUUAUUGGAGAUUGGAAAGACUGUACAAGCAAACCACAGAGGUGGUAUCAUUACAGGUAGAAAACAAAAACGAAAUUACAAUAGAUUUAAAGCUGCAGUUUUUCUUUUGGAGGAUGAUUAUGAACAUCUUAAGAUAUGCUAUCAAAGACAAGGUGGUAAAGUUAUAUUCUAUUACGUCCAACUUUUCCUUGGAUUCAUAGCUGCUGCUCUCUCCAUCACUUGGGUACUUCAGAAUAUUCUCUAUAUGUGGACUCAACCUGAACCAUUUUUCCCAUUCUUGAACAGUUUUUUCAUUAAAUUGGAUGGCGCAUGGGGAUUCUUAGGUACAAUUACAUAUGGAAUUUACUCAUUAUAUCUUUUGCUAUGUGUAGUAAAAGGAAACUUUAAAUUUGGUUUAAGAUUAUUCUUUUUAUUCCCUAUACAUCCAAUGAGGGUUGGAGGAACAAUGAUGAAUGCAUUCUUAUUUAAUGUAGGAAUGAUUUUAGUUUGUUGUGUUAGUAUUACCCAAUUCUGUACAAUGGCAUUCUCUCAGUAUGCAAGUACAACCGCAAUCAAUAGUAUGUUCUCUUUAGCAGUUCGAAAUAUUAUGAUUAUUAAAUACUUUUGGGUUGGAUACAUUAUUGCAUUCUUUGGAAUGGCUUUGUUGAGUGCAAUACUAUUAACUAUAUUCCGAAAAGACGGUCCAAAACAAAUUACCUUUGAUGAGAAAAACAAAUAA